AUGGCGGACUCGCAGGUGGAGGGCCUGCGGAAGGCGUACGCGGAGAUCAUGCUGAACAUGGCCAAGGAGUCGGCGGCGCGGGUGCUGGCGGCGGAGCGCCGCGCGGCGGCCCUCGCCGGAGACGUCGCGGCCGCCAAGGAGGAGGGCGUCGCCACGCUCUGCCGGCUCAAGGGCAUCAUGGAAGACAAGAUUAAACAGGUGGAAUUGCAAUCUUUGGCACAUGUUAGAACGAUCAAUGAACUUCAGGAGCAAUUACAUGGUGCUCAGAAUACUGUGGCCUCCCUUCAAGUUGAGCUGCAGAGAGCAAAUACCAAAUUGGAGGAGACACAGAAAACUUUAGCAGAGGAAAGAAUGAAUAUCCUUCCAACUUGCGAUAAGGUUGAUUCAAAUAAAAGCAAGAUCUCUCGUUCUAAGAUGCAUCUCCAAAACAGAAGUGUGUCAUCAAAGAACAAUAAUGUCUUGGAUGCCAUUUGCAGUGUUCCCACUGAUGCUAAGGAAAACAAGUCAUCAUUUAGAGCAAGAAAUAAGAAAUCUGAGUUGUAUCGUAAUGGUUGUACGCAGCGUAUUCAGGCUCUUAAACAGCGAAGUCCUAGUGCAGAUUCCUCUGAAACAAACAGGAAACAGGCUAGUGCAUCGAAUAACCGUUCGAAGACUGGAAAGAACGACAAUGCUAAGAAUACAGGACAGACAAGAUCCAUCAUGGAACAGAUACUUCAAACAAAGUUUCUGGGGAACUGCAAGGGCAAGAGAGGUCAACGGAGCAGGCCUAGUUAUAUGCAUGAUAGUUCUGAUGUGCAUGUGAAAACAGAAGAUAAACCAUCUGAUACCCCUGAACAAAACGGGUGUUUGCUGCUAAUUCAGGCACUCGAACUGGAGCUUUCCGCUCCACAAUUGUUUACUGGACAUAGUGGUGAAGGGUUAACUAAUUUCAAGGAUGACUUGCUGAUGGGUGGGAAGGAUGCUGAAUCUAAUCUUUCUAUGGCCUCCCCUGGACCGAUAGAUGUACAUGCGGCCAGCAACUUGCAAAUAAUAAGGAGAAAAAGAUCUAAGACUGUUAGGGUUUUUGAAACUGGUUGUUCGGAAUCCAAAAGUGCUCCAGGUAACAAUCUGGUAAGAUCAACCAGUGAGGAUACCACUUUUAAGAGUGAGCAGCGCUCUGAAAGGAUAGAAGGCCACUCUGAUACACCAAAGGUAAACAAUGUUUACCUUUUGAGUGAUGCCGCUGAAAAGUUGAUGCGUUCGAGUGAUGCCGCUGACAAGUUGAUGCAUCCAAGUGAUGCCACUGAAAACUUGAUUAACCCGAGUGGUGCCAAUACUGAUCAAUUUCUGGCUGUGGACAGCUCACUGCUAGCUCUUCAGUCAACCAAAAGUCAAGUUGAUGGUGAAGGUGCAUUACGUGUGGACCACCCAAACUGUGGAACAUCAGAGUUUAAUUUAGGAAAUCAGGAAGAAGUGAAAGCAGAUGAAAGUUGCAAUUUAGCUUCAGACAGAGUUGGUCCUGUAAUCACCAGCUCCUUGGAGAAAGAACAAAGCGUGAAGCCAUCCUCUGGUGUUUCUGUGCAAGCUGAAGGCGGCAGGUGUAUCAAAUACACAUUCAAUCGCAGGAAACGCAAGAAUGUGUCUGUAGAUAGCACUUCUCAAGGUGCCGUCCCUGAGAAGAGCAGCAGUCUGGUCAGUCUAGCUGACAAACAAGAGUCUCAGACAAAGCCUGAGACACAAAAUCUCUUGGUAGAGUCACCUCGAGGCAACAAUCGCAGGAAACGCAAGAAUGUGUCUGUAGAUAGGAAACGCAAGAAUGUGUCUGUAGAUAGCACUUCUCAAGGUGCUGUGCCUGAGAAGAGCAGCAGUCUGGUCAGUCUAGCUGACAAACAAGAGUCUCGGAAAAAGCCUGAGACACGAAAUCUCUUGGUAGAGUCACCUCGAGGCAACAAUCAUCUAGUCAAUAUUGCCCAACAGCUCAUUAUAUUGUCAGGGCUGAAGAGACAAAAAAGCUGAAAGGCAGGAUCAGCUUGGUGAUAUGAUAUACAAGAGUGCCCCCAAUAAGCAGUAGGGUUCAUCAAGGGACGAGAAGGUACAUCUGGCAGCGGCAGCAGCAAGCAGAGAUCAAGAAAUCUAGGUCCUAGUUUAGCAUGCGACAAAGUGUGACUUAAUACAUACCUUAGCCUGAGAGUUAAUGUUCUAGUAGAAUGUAUAAAUUAGGCUGCAAUUUUGGAACUGUUAUAUAGCGGAGGAUGGAUUUGGAUUAAUUGUUUUAAGCAGGUGAUAAACAUCAAAUAAUUAUGUUAAUUAGGCAGGCAAAAACUCAGUUGGAAAGAAUUGCUCUCUGGAGCGAAUAGGUGGU